AUGCCUACCUCACUCCCUCCCCUAGCUCGAGCCAUUCCCCAUAUCCCAUUCCCCGUCGAGGUAUACGCCAUCAUCAUCGGAUUUCUCGACAAGCCGGAACUCGCGGUCUGCGGUCGCGUCUCUCGCUCCUUCUAUACCCUCGCUACGGCCCUUCUGUACCGGAGUAUCGAUAUUGAGAGCGCUACGGACAACCCUCUCUUCAGCUUCGAUACCCCUAGCGCGAGCAAGGUGAGGGUCGGAAAAGAAAGUGGGCGCGCGAAGAAGGGCCGAACGAAGGCGAGGGGGGUUGUCGCUGGCUCGACUACAGUCCCCCUCGUCCCUCUUCCGGAUCGGUUCUCAUACACCAAGGACCUCACCAUCGGCACCCACUACAAAUACGACUGUCCGUCUCUUCCGGUACUCAAUAUGCCCAACCUCACGACCCUUCACAUCCGCGGCUGGUGUCUCGACCUCUGCCUCCCCGAACCUCCGUUUCACUUUCUCGACAUGGGCUUUGCGCCUCGUGGACACGCCCUCACCCCCAAACCAACCCCGUGCUGCCCAUCCAUUACCAGCCUCCGCCCCUCCCGCCUCGUCUUCAACGCUCCCAGCAUGUCCGCAAUGGGCUUAUGGCCUUCCGCUAGCAACUCAUUUCCCCCACCCUGGGUCACCGAACUGGUCGUCCCGUACACGGUCAGGAUCAACACCAUCAGGGAUGGCAAUGUCGCCCAUGGGGUCCUCGGUAGUCUGCCCGAUACGGUGCGGAAGCUCAGCAUCGUGCUGAAGGAAGGGGAUGGUGGCUGGGACCAGGGGCUUUUCCUCAUGGCUAUGGUGCGGAUAGACGGGGUGGAGCUGGCUCCUCUAACCCCGUCAAGUCUAUGGAAGAGGAUUGCGGGACUAAGCAGGGGCCAGGCGCAGGUGGUGGAGUACAUCGGGGUGGAGACGAUCCAGGCGGGACAUCGGGGAAUCUCGACCGACGGUAUCACGCGGGAGAUCAGGGAUGCGGUCAAGGAGCGUGGGGUUGCGGCGGGUUGGGAGGUGGCAAAGGCGGAAGCAAGGGCAGAGGGGAUUAUCUUUACCACCAAGGAGGAGUACGAGAAGCGGCAGAUGGAGUAG